AUGUACAGCCAGACUCAUCAAGGGCAGCAUGUCAUGAUGAAUGGUGGCCAAGCCCAUCAGCGGUUUGGCAUGCAGAUUCCCAAGUUUCAGUCGCAGAGCCAUCACCCGCACCAUACACAGCAACCUCAUCACCACACACACCACAAUCAAGCUUCACACAACAUCAACCACCAACACAACUUCUCGAGCGGGGCAUUGGCUUCCGCGACUCCCCACUUUACCCCAAGCCACAUCCAAAAUGGGGCUCACACUAAUGUUGACGAGGAUAUUGACGAAUCGAUGAAUGAGCACUGGCAGCAACAACUUCAGUUGGCCGCGGAGUCACGGCAGGCCAGCUCACCCCACUAUCAUGCCCGAUCUGUCGCGCAACAAGCCAAGGGCAUCCAGAUUGCCCCUAGCCAACCGGAGACACAAGAACAAGUUCCUGAUGGGCAGAACGGAGUGGUCAAGGCCAAGGCAUCUUCACGGCAAGGUUGGCACGCCUUGGAUUUCGGCGGACAGGGACUGCGCGCGCUGUCCACGUCUCUGUUCAACUAUAUCUUCUUGGAGAAAUUGUACCUGAAUCAUAACAAGCUGAAGGCCCUCCCACCGGCCAUCGGGCAGCUUCGGAAAUUAAAUCACUUGGACCUGUCAGGCAACGACCUCACCGAGCUUCCAGAGGAGAUCGGCAUGCUCACGAAUCUGAAGAAGCUCUACCUGUUCGACAACAAUAUCCGCACUCUUCCUUACGAGAUGGGUUACCUCUACAGGCUGGAAACACUGGGCGUUGAGGGCAACCCACUGAAUGAUGUCUUGAAGUCUCACAUCAUGAAAGAGGGUACCAAGGCUUUAAUCAAAUAUCUCAAGGAAGAGAUGCCAGCAUUUUUUUUUUCUUGCACAACACCACUGACGCUGAUGGCAGUUCACCUCCCACCCCCGGACCGGGACUGGAUUGUCCUCGACGAAACCGCCAGCUCCUCGAACCAUCGUACUGACAAAGUUACUGUCCUGUCAUACAACACACUCUGUGAUUCCUCCGCAACUCAGUCACACUACGGCUACGCUCCAGCUCGCGUACUUUCCUGGGAGUUUAGAAGGGAGCUCAUCUUGAACGAGCUCAGGUCUCACGAUUCGGAUAUCAUUUGUCUUCAGGAAAUCGACCAAGGAAGCUAUAAUGAGUAUUUCCGGGAACAACUGGCUUACAAUGAUUACAAGGGUGUUUACUGGCCACGGGGAAGGGCUAUGGGCAUGCAGGAGGAGGACGCCAAAUGCGUGGAUGGAUGUGCCACCUUCUUCAAGGGCAGCAAGUUCAUCCUUCUCGACAAACAGCUGAUCAAUUUUGGCCAGACAGCCGUGCGGCGCCCAGAUGCAAAAGGUCAAGACGACAUCUAUAACCGACUCUGGCAGAAGGAUCAUAUUGCGGUUGUCGUGUUCCUUGAAAACAGGCAGACCGGUGCGCGGUUCAUUGUCGUGAAUGCUCAUCUCUACUGGGACCCAGCAUUCAAGGAUGUGAAACUGAUUCAGACGGCUAUUCUGAUGGAAGAACUCACCAAAUUAUCGGAGACAUAUGCCAAAUGGCCGCCGUGCACCGACAAGGCGGCUUUCCGAUUCUCCAAAGAGGAGGGCCAAUCAGAAACACCACCUCUGGAGGAACCGGCGCCAUCCAUGCAGUAUGCUAGUGGCGAUCAGAUCCCUCUCCUGAUGUGUGGAGAUUUGAACUCGUCUCCGGGAUCCGCAGCAUACAAUCUGAUUGCGCACGGCCGGCUCGACGAGGAGCACCCAGAUUUGGAGAAGCGUCUUUACGGCAAUCUCAGCAAAGUCGGUAUGACGCACCCCUUCAAACUAAAGUCCGCAUAUGGAGCUAUUGGCGAACUUCCCUUCACGAACUACACGCCAGACUUUAAAGAUAUCCUUGAUUAUAUCUGGUAUUCUUCAAACUCACUUCAUGUUUCGGCGUUACUCGGAGAGGUGGACAAAGACUAUCUACAGAGGGUGCCCGGAUUCCCCAAUUAUCAUUUUCCAAGUGAUCAUAUCGCAUUGCUGGCGGAGUUUACAGUUAAAGGGAAAAAGGGUAAGGUUGUGGAGGCGGACUUUGGGCCGCAACGGAAUUGA